GCCUUCUCUCAAGAUUCUGCUAUAAACAAAGUAGACAUAGUCAGUUUAAUUGAGAGCAAUUAUAUCAUUAUUCUCUUUUUCUUUAUCUCAAGAAUUGUUCAAUGGAAAUACUUGUCAAUGUUGUAGGUGGUUUUGUUGUUGAGGUGGGAAAGUUUGUAUCGAAAUGCAUAUAUCCUAAGAUUGAAAAUGUUGUCCGUUUCUCAUCAAAAGUCGAAAAUUUAAGGGAGGAAAUGGAAAAGAUAACAAAGUUUAGAGAUGAUAUCAAAGGAAAGGUGGAAGGAGCUGAGGGAGAAGGCUAUAAACCAAAACUAGAUGUUGUCAAGUGGAUCGAAGAUGUUCACGAGCUACAGUAUGAAUGGGAAACUAUGCAAGAAAGCAUUGAAAACGCGAAGAAGCUUGCCUAUAAAUGUUGUCCAAAAAGCAGCCUUCGCUCACAAGUCUCUAAUCAAGCACGGAACAUUAGAGAUAAACUUUGUAGGCUUAUAGAGACUGGAGAAAAGUUUGGAUCCAAUUUGGUGGUAGAAAAUUUCAGGAUGAAAAAAGUUGAGUUCAUUCCGGGACCAUCAAUAGAAGGCCAGUCGAUAGCAAGAAGGAAUCUCAACAAAAUUCUACGACUAUUAGAAGAUGAUAAGGUAUGCAUCAUCGGCGUGUGGGGUACAGGAGGAGUUGGGAAAACAACAUUGGUGAAGAAUCUGAACAAUGAGCUUCUAAAGAUUAAGGUUUCAAAUUCGAAACUUUCUUUUGGUGUUGUGAUAUGGGUUACAGUGCCGAAACCACCAAUAGAUAUAAGAAAGGUUCAAGAACAAAUUGCGAGAAGAUUAAACCUAAAGGUGGAUAACGAGGGAAAUUUAAUAACCAUUGCUUGCGAAAUCUAUGAAAGGCUCAAGCAAGAAAAAUGUUUCCUUCUCAUACUGGAUGAUGUUUGGGAAGCUAUAGAUUUGGAUGAUGUAGGUGUGCCUCAACCUGAAGAUCCCUCGAGAAGCAAGAUAAUUGUUACCUCUCGUUUUUUGGAUGUUUGUAGGCAAAUGAAUACGAGAGCAGACACCGAAGUGAAUGUUUCCACAUUGGAGGAGGAUGAGUCUUGGCGACUGUUUGUUAAAAAUGCGGGAGAUGUUGCCAAUCUGGAGGGCAUUCAGCCACUGGCAAAGGAAAUCGCAAGAGAGUGUGGCGGUUUACCUUUGGCAAUCACUGUUAUUGGAACAUCUAUGAGAGGCAAGACAAGGGUCGAGCUCUGGAAAGAUGCUUUGAAAUCACUUAGAAUGUCCGAGCCUCAUAACAAAGACGUAGAAAAAAAGGUCUACAUGGUCAUCAAAUCAAGUUUUGAUUCUUUAGAAUCUCAGGAUAUUGAAUUAUCCUCAGGGCAAAGAAGCAAACAUGGAAACAAAAAGAGAGGUGACAUUAAAAGUUGUUUCUUGUAUUGCUCGUUAUAUCCACUGGAUAUUCCAACGGAUGAUCUCAUAAAUUGCUGGUUGGCAGAGGGGUUCCUCGGUGAACAUGACACAUAUGAAGAAGCCUACAACAGGGGAAUCACAACAAUCAGGAGUCUUGUGGAUGCCUGCUUGCUAGAAACACAUGAGAUGGAUUUUGUGAAGAUGCACGAUGUGGUUCGUGAUGUUGCUAAAUGGAUAGCUAAUACCUUUGGGGAUGAUUACACUUGUGUUUUUCAAGCUGGAAUUGGGUUGACUGAGAUAUCACAUAUUAAAGUAUCAGCUUCUGUCAACAGAAUAUCUUUCGUAAGCAACAAAAUUCAAUGUCUACCUGAUUGCUUCACGGAAUGCCCAGAGGCAACGUCUUUGCUUUUGCAAGACAAUGAACCCCUUGUGAAAAUUCCCAAUGAAUUCUUCUGGUCAUUUCCAGCUCUAAGAGUUGUGAAUCUGAGUGCAACUGGUAUUAGAGCACUGCCUUGUUCCAUCAAUAGUCUACGUCAACUACGUGCUCUAAUACUACAGAAUUGCAAAGGGCUGAAAGAGUUACCACCUAUUGGUAAUCUUUGCAAUUUGCAAUUGCUUGAUUGUGACAAUACAAGGUUACGUUGUCUUCCGCAAGGAAUGGACAAGUUGACGAAUCUGAGGUUAUUAAAUAUGCCUGAAUCGGAUUUGGAGAGUAGCAUCAGCCAAGGAUUUUUCCUCAAAUUGUCUAGCGUUGAAAUAAUAAAUAUGACGGGUAGCUGUCUUGGAUCAACUUCUUUUGAUGAGAUAUCGUCUCUACACAAUCUGACAUCUCUUUAUAUCAGAUCGGAUAGCUCAUCAAUUUUCAAUAGAGACCACACCUGGAUGACUAGAUUGAAACGGUUUCGUAUUGAAGUUGGGAAAACUUCAAUGUACGUACCAUUCAAUAAGUCGAGAAGGGAAAUAAUCGUCUCCAAGUGUGAAAUUUUCAGUAGCAGAGUGGUUUCAGGCAUGUUCCAGUUUGCUUCACAUUUGUACUUUGAAGAAUUCAUUGGUUUCAGGAAGUUGUUUGCGUACAACAGUUUUGACGGAUUAAAAUCACUACAUGUUGAGAGUUGUUCUUGUGAUAUCGGAUCAGCGGAAGACCCUUUGCCAAAUCUGGAACAUCUCAGCCUUGUUUAUGUAGAUAAUUUGAAGAGUGUUUCUGAUUUCGGUCAUCUAAGAUUUUCUAAAUUACGCCGACUGGACAUUAACAUUUGUGACAGUUUAACAUGUCUGUUCAAUGUUAGUGUAGGUUUCUCUGUACCUUUGGAAGAAAUUACAAUUAGCUAUUGUGAAGAGCUUGUAGAGUUGUUUGAUCGAUGCAGCGCAAGUCAAAUUCCAAGAGUCCGGAAGUUAGUGUUGAGAUACUUACCAAAAUUAGGAACGUUGGGGGAGCCGUGGGAACACCUGGAGGAGCUUAAAGUGAUAUCUUGCAAUGAAAUAAGGAAGUUGCCUCUCUCUAUUCAAACCUCCAACAACAUCAAAGUGAUAAGAGGAACACCAGAAUGGUGGAGCCAUUUGGAGUGGGACGACGAAAAAUUCAAGUCAAAUGUAGACCAUUGUUUCACAGAAUCCUACUGGUAGAAGGAUCAAAGUUGACGUUACUUCCCCCGCAUUUCAGGAAUCAGGGGACUAAAGAAUGCAGAGAAAGGAAAUUCUUGCACCUGAGAGACACAGAGUUUGAGCUGAAGUUGACCGGUCGAGUUUGUUGUGAUGUAUUUCCUAUCAGAUGUCUUGAGUUUUUUCUGUCAAUAACACUCUUUAGUGUUCCUUGUUUGUACUAUUUGGGCUUUCUGGUUCUGAUGUUUUGAUUGCUUGACUUAACAAUGAAUAAUUUCUUGUUUCA